CUGACACAGACGCUGGUGUUGGAACAAAUUAUGAUUAAGGUUGUUGUUUUACACAGGACUUACAUUGUUUUCGUGAUCAACAACACUGCCUCUUCUCCAAUGUUGUACUUGUACAAUAAGAACUAAAUUCAAGUGUGAUCAAAUUACUCGAUUUCCAGUUGAAACGCCUCAGUUUGACAGGUUUUUCUGGGGCAACAAAAACUAAGUUGGCUUUUCUGCACUUCUUUCAAAGCCACUCGACGUAUGUUAACAUAACUGGUUAAUAUCGCAGCGUUUUGAUAUAUUUCUACAGAUAUAUUUCCUUUCCCGUUUCAUCCUCGCCGUAUUUAUUUAUGCUGGGGCUCUAAUGAAUCUGGUGGAGGAGGACCAACCCUCUGGUGACGCACUCUGCGGAGCUGCGGAGGGAGGCGCUACGGUCCUGCAACCGUCAGCACUGUGCCAGGCUGUGAUUGGUGGACUGGGAUCCGGAGAAUACGACAGGAAAAAAAACAGAGCAGAAAAAACAGAAGACGGUGUAAAACUCCCGACAAACGACCACUAAACUGUGCAGCGAACGUCCGCAGCGGGACAAGGUCUGUGGCUCCGUGUCGAAGGACAUCAGCUCCAGUGAAAGGAGAGAAGGAGGGAGGAGAGAUGUUCACUUGAGAGAGGAGGAUUAUAACACAGCGGUGGAGGAGGAGAGGGAAAAAACGCAACCGAAGAGCAGCUGCGAAUCUUCGGAUUACACUCUCACUUGGGCGACGCUUCGCGAAGCUGGAAGGAUAAGGUGUCGGUCAAAAAAGGGAAGAAGAAAAAAUAUGAUGAUCUGAAAGAAAAACAAUAGGACACUCAAAGGACGCCCGUUGUAGUGGCACUUUGGACGUGGGUGUCCCUUUAAAGCGGAGUGGUAGAAGCAGGAUUCCGCGCAGAGGAAGCUGAGCGAACUCCCUUCCGCACACUGCUGGAUCGUUUACACCCGCUCGGCUCGGCGAAUAGGAACGCUGCGGGUGAGAGGUUUUUAGGUUCGGGGGUUUUUAGUGCUGAUGCCAACGGCAGACUGCAGGCUGGUCCACCAUGGCCGGAUCAUGAGGUGUCUCACUUUCUUGCUUCUACUUCCCGAAACACUGAAAAAGUCCAAGAAGCUCCCGGGCAGCAGGCUGCCGUUAUGUUAUGAGAUCCUGACUCUGUCUCUGACGACGAGCAACAAGAAACAGAAGAGGAAGAUGGCUGCGGAGCUGUACCCCGCUGCCAACACUGAGAACACCAACCUGGCCAACGGCACCACGGUGGCGGACACGGAGAAGAGCAAGGCGGCGCAGGUGAACCAGGCCGGUGGAAGCGGCGGCGGCGCCGGCGGAGGGUGCUGCAGCGGAGGCGCGGCCGCGACAACUCCGACCACCCAGCAGAACAUCAACAACAACAACGUCGAUCCACCGAGCUGGCAGUGCAGCCACCCCACACUCAGAGAGAGGAAUGCCUUGAUGUUUAACAACGAGCUGAUGGCUGAUGUCCACUUUAUUGUUGGGCCCAUGGGGGAGUCACAGAAGGUUCCUGCACACAAGUACGUUUUGGCCGUGGGAAGCUCCGUCUUCUGUGCCAUGUUUUAUGGCGAUCUGGCAGAGGAGGAGUCUGAGAUCCAUAUCCCAGAUGUGGAACCUGCUGCUUUUCUAAUUCUGCUGAAGUACAUGUAUAGUGAUGAGAUCGACCUGGAGGCAGACACGGUGCUGGCCACCUUGUACGCUGCCAAAAAGUACAUAGUCCCUGCACUGGCCAAGGCCUGCGUCACCUUCCUGGAGACGAGCCUGGAGGCUAAAAACGCCUGCGUGCUGCUCUCUCAGAGCCGCCUGUUUGAGGAGCCCGAGCUGACGCAGCGCUGCUGGGAGGUGAUCGACGCUCAGGCCGAGCUGGCUCUGCGGUCCGAGGGCUUUUGUGAGAUCGACCUGCAGACGUUGGAAAUCAUACUGCGGCGAGAGACGCUGAACACCAAGGAGGUGGUGGUGUUCGAGGCCGUCAUGAACUGGGCUGCAGCGGAAUGCAAAAGACAAGGUCUGGGGCCCACCACCCACAACAAGAGGGACGUCCUUGGGAAGGCGCUGUUCCUGGUGCGGAUCCCCUCCAUGAGUUUGGAGGAGUUUGCCAACGGAGCGGCACAAUCUGAUAUCCUGACACUGGAGGAGACACACAACAUGUUCCUGUGGUAUACUGCAGCUAAAAAGCCUGAACUGGACUUUCCGCUAACUGCCAGGAAGGGCUUGUUGCCUCAGAGGUGCCAUCGCUUCCAGUCCUCAGCCUAUCGAAGCAAUCAGUGGCGCUACCGCGGCCGGUGUGACAGCAUCCAGUUUGCCGUGGACAAGAGGAUUUUUAUCGCCGGUCUGGGCCUGUACGGGUCGAGCGGUGGAAAGGCCGAGUACAGCGUCAAAAUUGAACUCAAGCGGCAGGGUGUGACCCUGGCCCAAAACCUGACCAAGUUUGUGUCUGACGGUUCGAGCAGUACGUUUUCCGUUUGGUUCGAGCAUCCGGUCCAGGUGGAGCAGGAUGCGUUCUACACGGUGAGCGCCGUGCUGGACGGGAACGAGCUGAGCUACUUUGGCCAGGAAGGCAUGACGGAGGUGCAGUGUGGGAAGGUGACAUUUCAGUUCCAGUGUUCCUCUGACAGCACCAAUGGGACUGGAGUACAAGGAGGACAGAUCCCGGAGCUCGUGUUCUAUGCAUGAGCUGUGAACUGAACACAAAGCAGCUCUCCCAGCCUUUACAGUAAUGUAGCAUUAAUGACACUUGAGUAACGUCACACUACAUGGCCUGGAUUAUUAUUUUGAGAGACUAUUUUGGAAGCAAAGCAGCUGUUGUUUUAAUCUUAUUUAAUUUAACCUUAUUUUUUUUAUUUAAACUCUGAGUUAACUUUAUUUGCUCUGAUGCCUGUGUGUAAUGGCUGCAGCUGCUGUAGAAACAACAUUAAUGCAGUGAUCUGUUGUUAUGUAAUCCAGCUCCACAACUGGAGCCUUAAAUCCUGCAACAACUGCGAGUCCUGAUCUGCAAUGUUGUUACUGUAGUCAAAAUCAGCAACGUUACCACACGGAGCAGACUUGAUUUUAGUGUUAAUAUUAUGAAUACAGGUGAAAGAAGAAGUAGAGAUCAGAAAUGUUUUGCACUUGAAGAGGGCAGCCUCACAAACACGGUGUCUUUUUGUAAAAUACGAUGUAACCGUCAGCAGCUUGACGCUGUCUGUACUAGAAUGCCUAUAAACCUGGUGAUAAAACAUAAAGGUUAUAAUGUGA